CGACGCACGCCUGUGUAUCAUGGCGUCCGCGAAGCCACGUGCUUCUGAGUGCGUCUACGUACGGUGAAGUUCGACGUGAAGCAACUCGCAUGUCUGCUGCUUCGACGCGCACCGGGAGUCCUAAAGGUUUCGGCAGCGGGCGAGAGAACUUAAAGGCGGGGGACGAGUGUUUCGGAUGAGCGGUUGUCACCGCUAGCAAAGAAGAUCCGAACCGCUCCAGCAUGAUCACGGAAUUCUCGUCGGUGUUUAGCGUUUUCUCCAGCAAACAGGGGGACCACCUGGAGGCUGGAGAAGGAUGCGCUCACAGUCAGCUGCCGACAGUCGAAGAGUUCUACUCCAACCUGACACCGCUGCUCAGCGUGGCCAUAGCAGUCUCCACAGUGGCUGUGGUGUCCGUGUGUGUGACGUACACGCUCAGCCUGAGGCACGUGCUCACCAGGACUGCCCCACAGUUACGAAGCCACACUGCCUGGGUACUCACCAUCCACCCGGUUGCUGCAGUGCUGGCCUACCUGUCAGUGAUGAUCCCACGCGCAUCCUUCCUGGUCGACGUUGGUCUCCAGGACCUGUACGCCACAUGCCUGUAUCAGAUGUUCUGCCUGCUGGUCGCCUACUGCGAGCAGGAGGGCUCCACAGAUCAGCUGCAUGGGGCCAUGAUCCAGCUCAACACGGGGCCCCUCUGCUGCCUACCGGGAUGUCACUGGCUCUGCAGACCUGUGCCACUAACCCGGAAGACACUCUUGAAGCUACGGAUCCUGGUGCUACAGCUGCCCAUAUCGAUGUGGAUCCUGUACACAGUCUGCUAUGUUCUGUGGGCGGAGGAUGAGAGGCUGCUGGACAGCGUGUGGCCGUACAUGGAGCCCCUGCAAGUGGGGUCUGUGCUGGUGGCGGGCUGGGGCACGCAGAUGGUGGUGCAGCUGCUGGCGCGCCUCCAGCUGCCCGGCGGAGGCAACGCCUCGCACAAGUUCCUCGCACUCGAGCUCACCAUGCUGGCGGCUGAGCUCCAGGGCGCCGCGGCGGACAGCGUGGCGGCGCUGUUCCCCUGCUCUGGGGCCUUCUCGCCCUCCUUCUGGAGCCGCAUGGGAGUGAACGUGCUGACCCUACUGGAACUGGUGGCGCUCAGCUUUUGGGCCAAUAGGCUGUACUGCACGGAUGCGGCCCCAUUUGACCACCUGGAAGAGGAACCGGAGCCCAACCAGCUGGAGGUGGCCUCUGGUGAGGCAACUUCAGCCUAACAGAACGGCUAGACACGAGAGGACAGCCCACUUUGAUUGUCUGCAGGAUGAACUGACAGACGAUCUGCCACAAAUGGUAUCUGAUGGGCCUGUUUUGGCCUAGUAGGACUAUGCUGGAGGACACACUUCCAUUUUACUGUCUCCAGGAGGUGCCAGCAGAUGACCAGCUGGAAGCUGUCACUGAGGUAGCUUUCUGUGGGGAACCAUUGGAUAAGAGGCACACUGUAAUUUUCAAAAACCCAUGAAUCCCCUUAGAGAGCAAAGACUCUUCCGGCAGUUGUGACGGUACAUCACAUAAAUGGACAUUUGGAGAAAGGGGAAAGAAGUUUUUGUUACGUGACAUGUGAACCAUAAAUUGUCUUAAGACUAAGUACGUCUGCGCGAUGUAUAGCAACAGUAAACAAUGUAAGUUAUUAUUAUCAAAACAUAAAUAUCGAUGUAAUUAACAAAACACAGUUUUUUGUAUAAUCUCUGUGUAACAUAGGCCAUGAAGAUCAGAGACAAUGCCUUGACUGAACUCUCUCCUUUUUUGUUUUGUCUAGAGGUGGACCGCCAUUGUA